AUAGCAUGUACCUUCCAACAUCUAAUCACUGGACGAGGUUUAAGUUAAACCCAUUUCCCCAUCGCACAGGCCCCCUCCUCCCUCUGCAUUCCUCUCUCCCUUCCCCUCCGCCACCACCACGAAGCCAGAGAACAAGUCGUCGCCGGAAUCACUAACCUCCUCUCUGAGCUCUCAAAACUUUCUAUUCCGACGCCACUGCCAAACAACUUCUCUCUUCUUUGUUAGUCCCGGUGCGCAGCUCUCUCUCUCUCUCUCUCUAACCUUUGAGUUAGUGGCUCCAUGGCAUACGAUGGAGGCAAACUCAAGUCGACCUCCAUCAAUGGUGUCAAGAUGUACAGCGUUGCUUCCCAGCAACGUUCUCUCGCCACCUGGCUUGACCCUAAGAAGCGGCGAGCACUUCGCAAAGACCAAAAUUAUAUGCAAAGGGUAGACUUGAUCCAGGACUUGAGAUUUGAAACUGCAACUACUAAAAUCAAGGCAACUCCUGAUGGGGAGUUCCUUAUUGCUGCAGGUAUUUACCCACCACAAGUCAAAGUAUAUGAGCUGAGGGAACUUUCACUCAAGUUUGAAAGGCACUUGGAUUCAGAGAUAAUUGAUUUUGAGGUUUUGGCUGAUGAUUAUUCAAAGCUUGCAUUUUUAUGUGCUGAUCGCUCUGUUUAUCUACAUGCAAAAUAUGGAAAACAUUACAGUGUGCGAAUUCCAAGAAUGGGAAGGGACAUUGUGUAUGAUUGCUGGUCUUGUGACUUGCUUUGUGCUGCCUCUUCCCCAGAAUUGUAUAGGAUUAAUCUGGAACAGGGGCGGUUUCUCUCUUCCCUGAGCACACAAUCAACGGCACUAAAUGUCGUUUCUCGGAGCAAGCUUCAUGGUCUAGUUGCUUGUGGUGGUGAGGAUGGUGCUGUGGAGUGUUUUGACUUGAGGGUAAAAUCUUCGGUUGGUAGGAUUAAUGCUGUCGCACCUGCUGGUGACAUUGACCAGGAGGUCACUGCAUUGGAGUUUGAUGAAAGAACGGGUUUUUUAAUGGCUGUUGGAAGCAGUGCAGGGAAGGUACUCGUCUAUGACUUGCGUUCAUCGCAUCCUAUACAGGUUAAGGAUCACAUGUAUGGCAGCCCGAUAUUAGACAUUAAGUGGCAUCAAACUCUUAAUUCUGAGGCGCCAAAGUUAAUGACCACUGAUAAUCACAUUGUUAGAAUAUGGGACCCUGACACAGGUGAAGGCAUGACCAGCAUUGAGCCAACUGCUGGAACAAUUAAUGAUAUAUGUGCAUUUCCUAGGAGUGGAUUGAUGUUGCUGGCUCUAGACUGCAGUCAGAUUCCAUCUUAUUUUAUUCCUGAACUUGGACCUGCACCCAGUUGGUGUUCUUACCUGCAAAACCUUACUGAAGAGCUAGAGGAGGGUGGACAGACGACCAUCUAUGAUGAUUUCAAAUUUUUGACAAAAGAAGACCUUGAGAGGUUGAAGUUGACUGGUCUCAUCGGAACCAAUCUCCUCAGAGCUUACAUGCAUGGGUUUUUUAUUGAUUAUCGGUUGUAUAAAAAGGCAAAAGCUUUGGCAGAGCCUUUUGAUUAUGCUGAAUACAGAGAACAACAGAAACGAGAGAUGGUAGAGAAAGAACUUGGAGGAGAGCGAAUUACGAUUAAGAGGAAAUUGCCCAAGGUCAAUCGAACUCUUGCAAAGAGUAUUCUUGAUAAUGAAGAUGCAGAGAAUGAAAUUAAAGGUGCUGAUAGCAAUGAGACUAAGAAGCCAUCAAAGAAAAAGAAGGCACUUGGUAGUGAAAUUCUCAAAGAUGAGCGAUUCGGAAAUAUGUUUGAAAAUAAGGAUUAUCAAAUUGAUGAGCUCUCGCAAGAGUAUGUGGCUUUACACCCUAUGCCUUCUAAGAAGCAACCAUCAUUGGUGGAGGAACAUUUCAAACCUGCCAUGGAGGAUGAAGAUCAGAACUUAAGUGAUUCUGAUGCCUCCGCAUCAUCUUUGUCAUCAGAGGAUGAACCUGGCAAUGAAAAGAGUAAAAUGAGAAAGAAAGGACGAACUCCAAGAUUGUAUGAAGUGAAGGAUGAGCGGCAUGCAGAAGCAUUCUUAAAUCAUGAGUCAUUUGCAAAGGAGGAAUUACUUCCAUUGGGUGAGAGGGUAGCAGCUCUCAGAGAUGAUCGGCGGGUUUCUGCUAUCCCAAGUGAUGUUAAGCUGGGACCCGGAGGUUCACGUGAGAUUUCCUUUAGAGCUAGAAGCUCAGCCAAGUACAAAGAGGACGAGGAGGAUGGAGAAGCACAGCGUGGAAAGAGGAGGGGAGUUCAAUCAUUGGGACUAAAACCAAAUAGUAACGGAUUUGGAAGUCGUGGGAGAGGAGGCAGGGGAGGUAGAGGAGGCAGAGGAGGAGGGAGAGGCAGCCGAGGGAGAGGAGGGCAUCGCGGGAGAGGUAGAAGUGGUGGGUGGUAAAUUAUUUCCAAUUUAUUUAUCAAUUUGUGUAUGCAUGCGCCAUGUUGUCGUUCUUUAACCAGCCUUUAUACAGAGUGACGGUAUCAUUUUGCUGCUGAUAUAGUAAAUCAAGGGUAGGGAAAUCUCCAAUGAGGUACAACAGAGGAAAUGAAGCUGUAUAUUGGAAUUAUUGUACUUAUAUUAUCAACUUAAACGUAUUCAAAAUAGUAUAACUGGUAGAAGUUAGCCAAAACUUGGAAUUGGGUUGUAGUUCUAUUCUAUAUAUCAUUUCUACAUACUUGGGAGUUAUGCAACUAUGACUAUCAGACUCGAUGCGCCAAGGCGCGGCUAUACUUGUUUGUUUAGCAAGCGGCCGCAUUCUCCAGGUGGAGGAAGUGAUCAGGAGGAUGAGCUUAAAGCAACGUCUCUAUAUUUUCAAAUUCCAAACCCUCCCCACCCGAAAGCGCAUGUGAAUUUGUGGAUCUUUAUUUAUUAGGUCUGUCGUAGCAUGUGUGCAAUAUGUACUGUACAUGUUAUUUAUUAUUUUGUUGUAUUGUGUGUGUCGGUGUGCUAUUAAGGCUAGUUUAGGAUUUUCCUAUCCAUAAGCUACGAGUAUGAGCUAGGAUUGUUUUAACUAAGCAUGAACCAGAUUGAAAAAAAAGAAGGGGAAUAGAAAAUACUCAUAUUUUAUA